CCAGAUUCCCGACCUCGCUAACAUUUCUCAUCCCUUUGCUUUUCUCAGAUGUCUUUCAUUAGCCCCGUCUUUCCAGUACAUCAUCGCUUCGCCGUGCAACUAGUGUAAAACUAUGAUCAAUUUCACUUUCUCUUCCUACCAGACCUUUGCUGGACCUGCCAUGGCGUCCGGGCCCACAGUGCUCAUGCGGCUGGUGGCCUCCGCAUACUCCAUCGCACAGAAGGCGGGAGGGAUCGUCCGGCGUGUCAUUGCUGAGGGGGACUUGGGUAUCGUGGAGAAGACCAGCGCCACCGACCUGCAGACCAAAGCGGACCGCAUGGUCCAGAUGAGCAUCUGCUCCUCCCUGGCGCGCAAGUUCCCCAAGCUCACCAUCAUCGGGGAGGAGGAUCUGCCCGCGCAAGACGUCGAUCAAGAGCUGAUUGAGGAUGGGCAGUGGGAGGAGAUUCUGAGGCAGCCGUGCCCACCACAGUACAGUGAAAUCAGAGAGGAAGACCUUGUGGUCUGGGUUGAUCCUCUAGAUGGCACCAAGGAAUAUACUGAAGGCCUUCUUGAUAACGUGACGGUUCUCAUUGGAAUAGCUUAUGAAGGAAAAGCCAUCGCAGGAGUUAUCAAUCAGCCAUACUACAACUACCAGAGCAAUGAACAGCAGAAGUUAAGGGAGCACAGCAACAGAGCACAGGCAGGACCGGAUGCCGUGCUCGGGCGGACCAUCUGGGGCGUUUUGGGUUUAGGUGCCUUCGGGUUUCAGCUGAAAGAAGUGCCUGCCGGGAAGCACAUCAUCACCACCACCCGGUCCCAUAGCAACAAGCUAGUGACCGAGUGUGUGGCCGCGAUGAACCCCGAUGAUGUGCUGCGUGUGGGCGGAGCAGGAAACAAGAUUAUUCAACUGAUAGAAGGCAAAGCAUCUGCUUAUGUAUUUGCAAGUCCCGGCUGUAAGAAGUGGGAUACUUGUGCCCCUGAAGUUAUCCUACAUGCCGUGGGAGGCAAGUUAACAGACAUCCAUGGCAAUGCCCUGCAGUAUAACAAGGAAGUGAAGCACAUGAAUUCUGCGGGCGUCCUGGCCUCCCUGAGGAAUUUUGACUACUAUGCCAGUCGUGUUCCAGAGUCUGUUAAGAAAGCUCUUGUCCCCUAAAGGGACGGCUCCUUCGCUUCUUUAAGGACUUGGUUCUCAAAGGAAGUGGAAGCAGAUGGAAUUAGCACCUUUAAUCACAGUUACUGAGCAAUUCAGACUUAGUUAUCUGGGAGUGGAAAAUCAAAUUAAAGAGCUUCUCUAAUCCCCCAAACCGGUGUUGGCAUCUGGAGAAUUUGUAUAGUCACUGUGAUUUGUAUCUUUUCCUCCUGUUCAGAGAGAUAAAAGGUUUAGCUCAGGCAGACUGUCCAGUUCGGUGUAAUCAUCAUUCCUGUGUAAUCCAGAUCUCUUUAGGGCACAAAAACACAAGUUGUAACUUGAAUCAUACUGUUUUUCAUAGUGAUUUUUAAAGUUUCCUAUUGCAAUGGCUAAACUGUCAUUAUUAUGUUGGUGAAAAGAAAUUUAUGGGAUGUUUCUUUGUAAUAAACUUUUUAAUUCUAA